AUGGCAGCAACUUCAACCUAUAUGGCUUCAACUACCUUCUCCAUGCUGGGAUGGAGAGGUAGCAAAAGGGAAGUGAGAAAGAAAAGUGUAUUUUCAGUUUCAUCUCAGCAAGCAGAAGUUGAAGAACAAGUACAAACCGAAGCAACACCACAAGAGAAGGACAUGAAGCAGCAGGCAACGACACCCCUAAGGCCAGUCGAACCACAGGUGAAUGUGAAGAGCAAAAAUAUGGGCAGAGAAUAUGGUGGACAGUGGCUGAGCAGUGCCACCAGACAUGUUAGGAUUUAUGCAGCCUAUAUUGACCCUGAAACAUGCGAAUUCGACCAAACACAGAUGGAUAAACUCACUCUUAUCCUUGACCCUACUGAUGAGUUUGUGUGGACAGAUGAAACCUGCAACAAAGUUUACUCCUAUUUUCAAGAACUUGUGGAUCAUUAUGAGGGAGCCCCAUUGACUGAAUAUACACUUCGAUUGAUUGGUUCUGAUAUAGAACACUACAUCAGGAAGCUUCUUUAUGAAGGAGAAAUCCAAUACAACAUGAAUGCAAGGAUAUGUACAGUAGCGAAUAGAGGUACCUAUGAGAUAAACCAGUCAAAACUUCACAUCGACGGCGGCGAUGAUUGGGCUGCCGCCGCUCCCAACCUCCUCAAGAACCUAUCUGCCCUCUCUCCCGAACAGGUGGAGCUGGCGAAGAUGCUACUGGAAAUGGGCCAGAACCAUUUGUUCGAACAUUGGCCCGUGCCUGGCGUCGAUGAUGACGAGAAGCGCGAGCUUUUCAAUCAACUAAACUUCCGCCGGAGAUUCAACGUCUAUGACGUGAUGCAUGAUCUCGUCCGCCAAAUAGAGCAGAAUUCUACCCAAUUGGCAUCCGACGACUUAACUCAAGUUAUCCAGGGGGGGCUGGCAUCGUACAUCAAAACUGCUAGGGAACUUUUGGCAGAUUCAAAGGCUGGGAAGAACCCAUAUGACGGCUUCACUCCCUCUGUUCCUUCUGGGGAGAUUCUGACGUUUGGCAACGAUACCUUUAUUCAAUUUGAGGAUGCUGGUGUCAAGGAGGCACGGAAGGCUGCAUUCGUCCUUGUUGCUGGUGGCCUUGGGGAACGUCUUGGCUACAAUGGUAUAAAGGUGGCUCUACCUUUAGAGACAACUACUGGAACAUGUUUCUUACAGCACUACAUAGAAUGUAUUCUAGCCUUACAAGAAACUAGCUGCAGGCUGAGUCAAGCUAUGCUUUUUUCACCUGGAGUGUACAAAUUUUGGGCUGUCCGUGUGAUGGUCCGACAGAGAUUCCACCGGCUAUAA